UCGGUCUUAGUCUCAAGAGACUAACUCAGUCACUCACUCAACAAACUAGUGAAUUGUUAUGGACACUAGUGUCUCUCCCUCUCUCCUACUUUCUCUCCUCUUCUUUGCAAGAGUCUUAGGGCUUGCAGUGGCAGUGCUUGUCCUCAUAUGGGCCCUUGCCUUCAAAUCCAGCUUCCUCACUACCUCACUCUCCCAACAAGACCUCAUCUAUGCAGUUCUUCAUCCUCUGCUCAUGGUCAUUGGCUUUAUCCUCUUAAGUGGAGAAGCUAUUUUGGUGCAUAGAUGGUUACCUGGAUCAAGGGGGUUAAAGAAAUUGGUGCAUUUGUGGCUUCAAGGGGUGGCUUUAGCUUCUGGGAUCUUUGGGAUUUGGACAAAAUUCCAGGGCAAAGAUGGGAUUGUGGCAAAUUUCUAUAGCCUACAUUCAUGGAUGGGUUUGGCUUGUGUAUCCCUCUUUGGAGCCCAGUGGUUGAUUGGCUUCUUGAACUUUUGGCACCGAGGAGAGGUGCGAAGUGUGAGGAUAAGGAUCUUACCAUGGCAUGUAUUCCUUGGCCUGUACACUUAUGCAUUGGCAAUAGCAACAGCUGAAACUGGAUUAUUAGAGAAAUUAACAUUCUUACAAACUAAAAGAAAUGUACCUAAGCACAGCACCGAGUCCAUGGUGGUCAAUAGUUUAGGGUUGGGUCUUGCCCUCGUUGGUGGCUUUGUUAUUUUGGCUGCUGUUUCACCCAAAUAUCAAACCCAUCAAAGCAAACUUUGGUACUCAGAAACAAAGUGUUUAUCAUCUUAAUAAAAUGCACUACCCUGGUUGAUGCUUUAGUGAUAAAUAAUAACAUAGUUAUCAAACUCUUGAAUUAAUUCAUUAACUUUUACUAGUUUAUGAAUUUACUUACCUUCUUUAA